CAAGGCAAUAUAUUGCAAAUUUUCUAAAAAUCUAGUUUCUUAGUUAAUCUAGUUAGUUAGUUUUUUGCUUUAGUUAGAAAAAAAGUUAAAGGUCCAGUGUGUAGGAUUUAGUGGCAUCUAGAGGUGUAAUUACAGAUUGCAACUCACUUGCUUCACCCUCCCUUUCCAAGCAUGAGGGAGAAACUAUCCCAUCUAGAGGUUUUGGUUUGUCCGUUGUGAUUAAUAAAAACAUGCGUAUGAAUAUUAUAUUCCCUUUCUGUCAAUAGAGCCUCCUAAAUGUUACACACUGGACCUUUAAACAGAACAAUGAGAUCUGCAUUUGUGUUCAUCACACACACAAACAAAUCUAAAUACUGUAAAAUAUUGCAGUUUAUAUUUUUCAUUAUUAUCUUACACCUCCAGUCAUUACCAAUAAAACUGUCUUAUUGAUGGCAAGUACAGCCUUGUAUGUUAGAGCUAUAUGGCACAUUCUUGUGUAUGUGUGUUUCGAUGAAUAUGCAGCACAUUUUAAUUUGCAGAUGAAUAGCUCAUUAUUUAGGAUUAAGUGUGCAGUUAAUUAUCAGUUGAUUGCCAAACAGGGUUUUGUUUAUGGGCCAGCUGCACCAUAUUACUUCCAGUACAGUUUAGUCUGGGUGGAUUUAGAAGCAGUGCUAAUUAUGUCUGUUGUUUGUAAUAUUGAGACUUUUUUUAUUUAAUGGAAUGAAUUCUAUUGUAAUUGAAUGUUUUAAUAAUUAUUGUGUUGGUGUGAAAUGAUGUGUACAGCCAGGUUUGAGCACAGUGUGAAAUUGUUUGAUUAUAAUGUUCAAAGUAAGAGGCUCUGAGAAGGAGCAAAAAGAGAAACAGUGAAAGAUAAAUGAAGGAAAAUAUAUUCUUAAUGCGCCAUAAAGAUGGCUACAGAAGGGUUUAAGAAAGUGUGUAUAUUUGAUGUUCAGAGGUUGAGGUGCAGAGCAGAAAAAGAGCAGGGGAGAAGUGUGAUGACAGUCAGCGCUGGGCUCCCUCCUCCUCCUCCCCCUUCCCUCCUCCUCCGUCAGAUUGGGAGGCAGGAAGCCAGGGAGCAGGUGCAGCUCUGUAAAUGGUCUCAGGCUACGUCAUGUGACGCAACAGAGUCGCUGAUCAACAACACAGCAUCGCCAGGAAAAUGGUGGCAGGUUUUAGUUAAAGACAGACAGACACGGAGGACCAGCCAGCAUCAAAAGGAUUAUUAAAGUAGACCUCUGAGGGAUGCUCUGCUCUGGACUGCCUGCCAUCAGCUGAGGAGACAGGGAAUGAGUAAGCAGAUAUAAAGGUGUGAGAGGUUAAAAAAGCUCAUUUGAAUCGGUUCUGACAAAAGCAGCUAAUUCCAGAAGACCACUACCAGAGUACGGAGACAUGGAUUCCUCUUGUGGUCUCACAGACGACAGAGCCUCUCCCCCUAACUCCCUGAAUGUGAGCCCACCUGGAGGAGGAGGCGGCGUAUCCUCAUCCCACCGUAAACGGCGUACACUGGUUGCCCCGGAGAUGAACCUUUCACUGGACCAAAGUGAGGGUUCUUUGCUCUCAGAUGACUUCCUGGAUACACCGGACGACCUGGACAUCAAUGUUGAUGACAUUGAUACACCUGAUGAGACGGACUCGCUGGAGUUCAUCACCAAUGGCAACGAGCUUGAGUGGGAAGAUGACACACCGGUGGCCUCAGCCAAAGCAGGUCCCGCUGACGGCUCAAGAGAUGCGGAUCAGGAGGGGAACGCCAAUAACGGACGCCUCUGGAGGACGGUGAUCAUCGGGGAACAGGAACAUCGUAUUGACAUGCAGGUCAUCAGACCUUACCUCCGGGUCAUCACACAUGGAGGUUAUUAUGGUGAGGGCCUUAAUGCCAUCAUUGUUUUCUCUGCCUGUUACCUGCCGGACAGCAGCUGUCCAGACUACCACUACAUAAUGGAAAACCUCUUCUUGUACGUGGUGAGCAGUCUGGAGAUGCUUGUCGCUGAAGAUUACCUGAUCAUCUACAUGAACGGAGCCACUCCUCGGAGUAAGAUGCCUGGGAUCAGCUGGCUAAAGAAAUGUUACCAGAUGAUUGACCGGAGACUGAGGAAGAACCUGAAGUCUUUGGUCAUCGCUCAUCCCACAUGGUUCAUACGCACUGUCCUGGCUAUAUCCAGGCCCUUUAUCAGUGUGAAGUUCAUGAAUAAGAUCCAGUAUGUCCACAGCCUGGAUGAACUGGCAGAGAUCGUCCCCAUGGAGCACGUCCAUGUCCCUGAGGGUGUGGUGCAAUUUGACGAGGAGAGGAUUAAAGCACGGAGAGAAAGGAUGGAGCAGGAGCACAGACAGCAGCAGCAGUCAGUCCCACAGGAGCCAAUUAAAAAGUCUGAGAGGCCGAAGUCAAUGAUUGUAGAUCAAGGAUUAUGAGAAGGACAGAGCUUUGCAGGUGAAGUGUUUGACAGACAUAUGGAGCAUGAACCUUUAUACCAAUACAAAGCAGUGGUCCAACAAACCUACAUGUGCUUCCUUGUUUUACCAACAUCCAACUGAUGAUUUGCUGCCAUCCUUUUCCGAUCAAGAUGGUGAACGCUGCAUCUCAUUUUCCUUCUGUGUGGAACCCUGUCUUCAUCUCUGCCAGAGGGUUUCAUAUUGCAAAUGGUACGAAGGAAGCCACUGCUCUGUCACAAGAAGUGUUUAACAGUGGAAACUGUUGUUGGGCUCAUCGAUUCAUUGACCAGCUGUGUGGUCAGACAGGUCGUAUAACUCAUAUUGUAAUAUUACAUCAUUGUGAAACCUUAUAACUUAACACAAAAUUAAGACAAUUGAUUUUGGCAAUGUUGGGUGAAACAAUUGUAACUUAAAUUGUCGGUUGAGAUAAUUGGGAAAAUGUUUUUUUUAAUAAUUAAUGAAAAAAUACUAAAUUAACUGGGAAAAAAAGAAAGCAUCCAAAAUUCAGAGUUCCUGGAAAUCCAACACAAUUGGAGAUAUAAGCUUUUCCCUGAUAGUGACGUGUACAUAUGUUAUGAAAGAGUUAACACUUGAUCACACCAGAGACGUCUGACAGCAACAUUACUGAUGUAGCAGAUGCUUCAGCUUCAGACCAAACUGGUUACACACAUUUAUAUUCAUGCUGGUUCGUGUGAAUAUGAUAUGUGUUAGAUGUAAAUAACAAUGGUUUUCAAAUGCGUCAGAUGCCUUCAUAUUUAUUUAUUUUUUGCCUCACAACAGCUGUAUCAUAAGGCCUUUUCAAGCUCCCUCUUUUGCUGUACGGACAUUUUUAAAAUGUCCUAAUGUACUAACAUUUGUACUGUAUCUUGUGUUAUGAUGUGCCUCAGUCGUCUUGUGCGUAGAAAAUGCAGGAAUAUGAUCAAUAUUUGCAUUUUGUGACCUUGAAAUCCCCACAUAGGAAAAUCUGUUCAUAUAUAUGUCCUAAAAUGUUUGUAAAGCAGUGGUUGUUUAUUUUGUGUAACAUGGUUAUGGCCACAUAAACAGAUUCAAUACAAGCAUUAAAGAAAUGUGCUUUAUAUUUAC